AUCUAUAAUCUUGGUGGAAGGAAAUUUGGAUUUGCUAAUGUGGGUCCAAUUGGUUGUUUACCUGCUGUGAGGGCUCUGGUGAAAAAUGGAAGCACAUGCUUAGAAGAGUUUUCAGCCAUCGCAAGACUACACAACACUGCACUCUCAAAAAGGAUUGCUGAGCUAGAGAAACAGCUCAAGGGAUUCAAAUAUUCUGUCACUGAUUUCUAUGCUAUAUUUUCUGAAAUGCUGAACAAUCCUACAAAAUAUGGUUUCAAAGAUCCGAGUGUGGCAUGUUGUGGAGGUGGACCAUACAGAGGAGAUGGUAGCUGUGGAGGAAGGAAAGGGAUCAAAGAAUACGAGUUAUGUGACAAUGUCAAUGAACAUCUGUUCUACGAUUCUAAUCAUGUCACUGAUAGAGCUAGCCAGUAUUUCGCAGACUUCAUCUGGAAUGGAAAUCACACUGUUACAAGCCCUUACAAUCUAAAACAGCUAUUUCAAUUUUAAACUUUGAAUAUAGAUGUAUUUGUUUCCAUGUUAUGUUUUUAGUUAACUCUUUCUGCUUUGUAUCAUGUAAUAAUAAGGUGUUUGAGGUUGCUAA